AUGAAUCGGCUUUUUGUCAUCGUAAUUUUGAGUUUUGUAAGUUGAAAUCGCUUUUAAAACACAUCGGAAUUCAAUAUCGUGUUAAUUGAGUGGAAUUUCAGCUGGUAGCGUCAACAAUGGGCAAGCCAAACUGCCCUGAAAAUAGCAUCUUCACACCGUGUGGACCCGCUUGUCCCUUGACUUGUGAGGAUCUGGUGGAAAAGGUGGAUCCGAAAACACGAGGAUGCAUUCAAGUAUGCAUUGAGGGUUGUGAAUGCAACAAAGGCUUUGCAUUGUUUGAAAACAAAUGCGUCAAACAAGAGACUUGUUCGCAACUGGGUAAGACCAUGUGCAAUAUCAAAAAAAUCCUGUUUCUAGUUCCAAUUCAGCGAAUUCCUUUCAUAAACAGUAAUUAGAAGCCUUUUCUGACAUUUUGAUUAGCCUUUGGCUUCAAUUUUUCUAAUGGUAACUUCACAAUUACAGUAAUCCAGAUCAAGUGUAAUAUCAAAAAGAUCAAAUUUUAAAUUCGAAUUUGGUGUGAUCCUUUUUUAAAAAGCAAUUAGAUGCCUUUUCUGUCAUUUUGAUUACCUUUUGGCUUCAAUUUUUCUAAUGGUAACUUCACAAUUACAGUAAUCCUGAUCUAGUGUAAUAUCAAAAAAAACCUAUUUUUAGUUCGAAUUCAGCAAAUUCCUUUUAAAUACAGCAAUUAGAAAUCUUCUUUGGUCCUUCAAUUUACUUUAAUCAUCAUUUUUUCCUACUGUAACUUCCAAAAUCGCAGUAAUCCAAAAAAAUCUUGCCUAACGUAAUAUAUUUCAGUUAAGAAGAGCGAAUAA